GAAAAAAAGACUACAGCUCCCAUCGGCCACUGCGCGGGCGAAAUCUAUAAAGCCCUUUACAGAGUAGAAGAGGAAGGUAGACUGUUAAAGAUGAUGAAGAGUAGAACCGAGGAGGAAGACUUUUGGAACAGCACCAAGUUUAAACCUUUCACCUUUGAUGACGAUGAUGACGGAUUCAGCAAGUUAAAGGAAUCAAAGCAGGCAGUGAAUAACAUUCGUUCCCUGGUAGAUGAGGAGGAGGAUGAAGGUGACGUAGAGAAAGUUAGCUGGAGUGGAGAACCUGUCGGCAGUAUUUCUUGGUCAGUCAGAGAGACGGCAGCAUCCAGUCAUAGGACAGUUAGAGAGCCCACCUUUCCUAAGACCAACACCGAGCCCCCAACAAGGAGUCUGUCUGGAUACUCCCUGAGCUCCUUGUUCAAAGGAAAAACAAAGGGAGGAAACUUUCAGACCUUCACUGACUCACUCAGCGACUCAACUGUUAGGCUCUAUGCUCCAGAACUCCGGAAACCCAAAUCUGAAUACAAGGAUGUCAUCAUUAAUUUGUCCCCUGAGGAGACAGUUCAGAGAAUGCUGCAAGGAAAGGCAGUGUCGCUGGAGAUAUUCCGUUCUCUACAGGACAAGCUGGGUCUCCUGGACACCGCUGUCUCUGCUCACGAUGGAAAUGUCAUCACUGCUGUUUUGAUUUAUCUAAAGAGAACUCUGAGUAAAGAGGUUUUGUUUCGUGAGUUGGAGUCCAGGCAGACGGCUUUGAGACACUUCAUUCACUACCUGACCGAAACCCGGGAACAGAGGUUGCUGCUGGAACUGCUCAGAGCUCUGGGCAGGAUGGAGGACAUGGCGCUGUUGCAAUAUAAAGAACACCUAAACAUCCCAGAUGAGAACAAGAGGCGGGACUUCCUAAAAAGCUGCCUUAGUCUCCCGUUCUCCCCUGAGGAUUCGGGACACAUCCAGGACCACUACACGCUCCUGGAGCGGCAGAUUGUUAUCGAGGCAACAGAUCGUCAGGCUGAACUUGGAGGAAAGGUGGAAAUAUUCCAGAAAUUUCCCAGAAGAGCAUCGAUCCUCAACAUGCCACUGAUCACAACUCUAUAUUACUGUUGCUUCUACCACUUCACGGAGUCCGAGGGAACCUACAGCAGUCCUCUGAACAUCCGCCAGACCUUUAAGAUUUCAGAGAUGCAGUACUUUGUGACAACAUUAGCGGCACGGGCAAAACUGAAGGCAUGGUCAGAUGUUGGCGCCCUGUUCACCAGCAGAAACUGGCUCGGAUUCACCAGGAAGAAGUCGCCACUUAGCUUUCAGAGAGUUGUCGACAUCCUGCAGAAAAACUCUGCCCCCACUCAGGUGUUGCAGGAGUACGUGGCUCUAGUUGAGGACUCGGACCUGAGGAUCACUUUAGCUCAGAAGCACAAAUGCCACGACAUUGUCAUCAACACAUACAAAGAACUGAAGGACAGGCAACUGUUGCUAGAAUACCUAAAGAAGAUAGAGCGUGGGUCAGUGGAGGCAAAGAAGAUCAACGAGCUGCUCAAAAACUCGCAAAUCCGGUGGAAAAACUAAUGCACUUAGACAUUUGUUUUGAAACAGCAAUGACCAUUCUUUCAUAAGGAGAAAACAAAACUUAUCACCCCGGCAACCAGAAUGUCCAAAACGAGCAGCUGCUUUGAUAUGGUGGGCUUAAAACAGGGGAGUUUGAUUCUGGUUCUAGAGGCCACUGUCCUUCCGUUCUGACUGACUGAAUUCAGGUCUGAGAGGAGGCUGGACUGUAGUCCUACAGAAACCCACUGGAUACCUCUGGCUAAGUCGUCGCACACAUGAUUUGACUCCUCCCCCAGAGGACCUUAGUUUGUGCUGACUUGAGUUGUUGCCAAGUCAUGUGAGUGUUCCUAAAGUAAAAAAGCAAAAUAAAUAAAAUGUUAAUUUACCACUGA